AUGUCGUUGGAAUUCAACAGACCGGGAGGUUUGUGCCUGGAAGGUAAUAUAUCGGAAAAUUUUAAAAUAUUCAAACAAGAAAUAUUAAUUUACUUUAAAGCAACAGAGACUGAUAAGAAAGAUACCGGCGUGCAAGUGGCUAGGUUAUUAAAUUUAUUGGGUCAUGAUGGACUAAAACUGUAUAAUACAAUCAAAAAAGAAGAUCCAGAAACAGUUGAUACUAUAUUAAAGGCAUUAGAAAUAUAUUGUAUCCCGAAAACAAAUGAAAUCAUUGAGCACUUUAAUUUCUUUAAUCGCAAACAAGGUGAAGGUGAACAAUUUGAUAUCUGGUACACUGAUUUGAAGAAAUUAAUAAAAGGAUGCAACUUUGGUGACGCAGAAGACAAGAUGCUAAGAACACAAAUAGUUUUGGGUGUUUUUGACAAAGAAACUCAAACAAGAUUGCUGAGGGACGAUGUAGGGCUAGUUAAAAUUGUAGCCUACUGUCAAUCAAUUGAACGAGCUGAAAGCAACCGACGAAUGUUAUCUUCAACUAAAGAAGUGGACAAAGUUGUGCAUGGAGUUGGAUUCAAAUCAAAAUGGGGAACUGAAGACAUAGAAAAAAGAAACAACUCAAAGCAAAGUCAAUGGAAAAGGAAUAAUGCAAAUGAUCAUCAAACGGAGACAACCGAAGAUAAAGGUAAGAUGGGUAGUCAAAUUAAUUGUAAUAGGUGUGGUCUAAGACAUAUGUAUAGAGAGUGUCCAGCGUAUGGCAAAAAUUGUAGAAAUUGUAGUGGUUUUAAUCACUUUGCAAUAAUGUGCAAAAAGAAAAAACAAGUAUAUGAGAAAAAUAUAAAAAAAAAAGCGCAAGAAAUUAGAGUUGAAAGUAAAGAUGAAGAGGACAGUGUAUUUUCAGUUCAAUCUAUUCAUACAGUUUGUUCAAUUAAAAAUGAGUGGUGUAAAGUAUUUAAAGUUAAUGGAAAAGAAGUAAAUUUUAAGCUAGACAGCGGGGCUGAGGUAAAUACAUUGUCAGAAAGAGAUUGUAAGAAACUGAAUUUAAUGAAAUUAAUUAAAAAAUCGAAUAUAGUGUUAGAAGUAUACGGAGGUUUUAAAAUGAAACCUACUGGUGAGGUAAAAGCAAUAUUAACAUUAGGUGAUCAAAAGAUAGAAACAGAAUUUGUUGUAAUAGAUAAAAUAUAUGAUAGCAAAUCUAUAAUAGGAUUACCUAUGCUGAAAAAAUUUAAACUAUUGAAAAAUGUCAAUGUCAUAGAUAAGAGUAGAAAUGAAUCAGAUAUAAAUUAUUUUAUUGAGAAUAAUAGGGAUAUCUUUGAAGGUGUAGGGUGUUUUCCUGAUGUUUGCAAAUUGACAAUGAAAGAAGGGGUGACACCGAAGGCAAGUGUAGCAAGGAGAGUGCCAAUAAAAAUUAAAGACAAACUGAAAUUAAAAUUAGAGGAGUUAGUGGAAAAAGAAAUAAUUGCACCAGCAGAUGAGCCAAGUGAGUGGGUCAACAAUCUAGUGAUAGUACAAAAGCCAGAUUUGUCAUUAAGAAUUUGUUUAGAUCCACAGGAAUUGAAUAAGAGUUUAGUUAGAGACCAAUUUUUAGUGCCGACGCUAGAAGAAAUUACGCCAAAGCUAAUUGGAAGAAAAUAUUAUAGCGUUCUAGACUUGAAAGAUGGUUACUAUCACAUAAAGUUAGACGAUAGGUCAAGUAAAUAUUGUACAUUUAGCACACCAUUUGGAAAUUAUAGAUUUUUGAGACUGGCGUUUGGGUUGAGUGUAGCGCCAGAGUUAUUCAUGAAACAGAAUGAAAAAUAUUUUGGGGAUAUUGAGGGGGUGACAAUUUAUUUUGAUGAUAUUUGA